AAUAUAACAGUCACGACACAACGCAGAGGGCUAGAGUAAGUCGAGCAGUUGUGGGGUUUGCAUCACGGAGCUUGGCAGCAUUUAUUCACUCGGAUUACAAACUUCUCAGUUCUUUGUGCAACCACGCGAAGUUCUAUUCCUUUACCAAUAAUGUAUACGGAGACCCAACUACAGUGUGCAUUGCUUAUGUCUUCUGAAAUUUCCUUGAGUAAACUCAGUGAGGACUUAGGCGAACAAAGUGAUCCUACUGGAGAAAAAACGCAAAAGUAAGUCAAUUACUAUUAGAAUUAGUGAAUUUAGCCACCAGCUGACCACUUAAUAACUAGAUAAGCAUUUUUAUGAGUGAACUUUUAAUUCUUAAGGACGGAGGAAGCACACAUUUAGUAGCAUUUUGCAUUUAUUUGUGCCGUGCAAAUACCUAAAACCUUUUUACCCAUGUUUGAAUUUGACCACGCAGUAAAUUUCAAGGAAAAUGAUUGCGUGUAAAAAUCACGCAGUAACCUGGUCACAUGAUCGGCGCCUUUGAAGAAUUCGGUUAGAGGGUUUCGAUUAUGCAAAUAUAGGUCAUCGGACUAGGGGUUAUCUGUGAAAAUUCCUUCCUUACUUUCUAGCAAUGUGCAUUACAAUUAUCGCAAUCUAAGAGACAGGCUUUGGGCAUUGUGGGUAUCUGGUUUUAACCAGUCCAGAUGUUCACUGCCCACAUCCAUGAAUGUCCACGUGUAUCCCACCACCCACUGUUUCUAAAUAUAGCCAUUGGACUCGCGCAGUUCACUCACGCGUUGUAACAAACAACCUGCGGGGGUGGGUGGGUCGGAGGCCUGGGAAGUCUUGAGACUGCUGGGGUGUGUAGAUUUACCAAGUCUGCUUUGGUGUGAACGUUUUACAGGCUGCGUUCUCUAUUAUUACAUAGGAUGGUGCGGUGUGCAAAGUUUGAUAAACUUAUUGUGUGAGCUACUAGCUCUAGCAGGUUGUGGAGAAUAUUAUUAUUAUAUCUAUCUAUCGAGGCCUCUAAUAUUGCCCAGUGUAAAAAUCUGCUGACUGCAGUACAUUUAUUACAAGCCAAGAAAUUAUGGAGGAUAUCCGUUGCUAUUUAUACUAUUGGGACAUGAUCACCUUUUUAAACCUUGCAAACUGCGUAAAGUACCAUGAUUUUGUAGUGUAGUGGAUAUUGUGAAACACGUAUUUUGGGUUAACAAUUAAACAUGCAUAAGUCAUAAGUGAAACUGUUGCAACACUGUAAGCCUAAACGCAUUGGCUUUUGGUUGCAACACUCGAACCAAUUUACGACCCUUGUUACACGCAAGCUACGCUUGUUUAUCAAGACGCGUUAAAUUAGUCUUCGUGGAUGCAGCGCUAUCAUCAUCAUCAUGCACCUGCACAGAGUGUACGCACACACAGGAGUGUACAAUGUACUCAUGAGUGUAAUGACAGUACUGCACCUAUGCACAUAACUGCUACACUGUACUCAUGAGUGUACUGCACCUAGUCAUAGUCACACCCAAAUUUCCUUUAUUUUGUUUGCUCACACACCCUUUGGAUGGUGUAGAAAAGGUCCGGUUGGGUGGGGGGGGGGGGGGUCUGGGAUCCAAGCGGGGGGAAAUCACGGGGAGUGACCUGGUCUAACAAGUGUCUCGUGAGUCACUCGGUACGUGUGUGAAUCACUCGCGCCAUUAUUACGAGAGAAGCAACGCGUUGCCGCCUCCGCACCUUCGUGACCGAGCAGGGGCGUCUUCGUGCCGUGACUUAUCCCGCUAGAGAACAUCCACACCUCUGAUUAGUGGCGUCGUGAUGCCAACCCCACCCCAUAAGAGUUCAGGAAUCGACUCCAUCUCGGUCCUCCCACUGAGUACUUUUAACUUUAAUUACUUGUAGUAACUUGUUUGGGAUGUUGUUUAUUUUUUUGUGUCCAUAAGUAAACACGGCGAUAUAUUUUUUUAACACUUAUUUUUUUUUUCUUUUGUUUACCAGGACCUGGCUGACCAUCAGUGAGGCGUUGGCCAUAACCUUGAAACAAGGCCUACGUCAGAAGCGUGUCACAAUGGGCGUCCAGGACUGUGCUAAACUCCUCAGUCGGUGAGUCAAGCCCCCUUUUAAAGAUAUGACUUCAUUGUGUGCAAUGUUUUAAAUUGACUUCAGAAGUCAGCUGAUGGAUUUCCUAUAAAAAAAAAAAAUUAAAAAAAAAAUUUGAAGAAUGAAACUUAAUGGAUAAAACAUUGAUCUAACAGCAGUUGCGAAAUUUUUAUAAUGCUUGAGGCUUGGGGAAAGAAUACUUAAAAGUACUAAAAAUAAUGUUCUAAAAUAAAUAAGACAAUUUUAAGAAAAUAGCACCCUGUACAAUUAUAAGGCACACAUGCCUUCUGUUUGUUCAAUGGAUUAUUUGUUUGCUAUUUCCAGCUCCCCCAAUCGAGUGAUGUUGUGCGUUUUACCUGAGUUGUCCACAAAUGACCUGGCCAUGCACAUCCAUCACACACUAAUCAAGUCCUUCUGCUGGGAACAUGAGAUCAGAAUGCUAUUGGUAAGUGCAUUCAUGUGUUUUCAAUUGUCACUUGUGUAUUGAUGUAGGGAUAGGUAAUCAUUAACUAAACUGUAAUUGAUGUAGAAAAUACUUUAUAACACUCUUAUGUCAGAAAACCAGAAACUUUAUAUAAAAAUAAAAAUUAAGAGAUUUAAAUUUUAAUAUUUUCCCCUCUUCCUUAUCCUCAGGUUAAAAAUGAGCAGUGUCUGCUCGACCUGGUGAAAGGCUGCCCUGAAUUCGCCGAUGCCACCUUGACCACUGUUUCCUGUUUGAUGAUUGAGACCCCUCAUGAUGGGAACAGCGAGGCUGACACCUUCGUCUGCGGGUACCAUGAUGCAGUGAUGUAUAGUGACAUUUUUCCCAAACCCGUCAUACAGUUACCAGAAUGAACAUUUCACCUUUACCCUCUGGAUUCGCCUAUUUGCUCCGCCAGAUGAGCAGUCUUGACAUCCAGUAAUUGAUCGACCUGAUCCCAACAGUGUCUUACACUGCGCACUUUACAGUGUCUGCCCACAACAAGGAUGACAAAAUCAUCACCAUCCACUGAUGACAUCUUUUUGAGGCGCAUACUUCCUGCUGUGUAGUCUCACAUGGCAGACACAGAUCGCAUACCUCCUGCUGUGUAGUCUCACAUGGCAGACACAGAUCGCAUACUUCCUGCUGUGUAGUCUCACAUGGCAGACACAGAUCAAUGUCAAACCAUGGCCUCCAGUAGAUUCUGCCCUCUCCGUCAAGGGCAAUAACCCAAUAAUCACACAGCGUUCAUUGAUUAUCCUUUUGAGAUGUUCACAAUUCAUCAAGAUGGCAUUCCGAGCCACUCGCAGCAACACAUCCCAGGAUGUCAGUCCAAUGGAAUUGGACUACGUUUUCUAUUUUGAUGAAAAGCCACUACUUCUUGACAGAAAAAUGUCAUUUUGGACUAUGGGACAUUGUAUGAAAUGUACAAAUUGUCCAGUAUUGGAGAUCAGCAUGCAAAAACAUACAAUUAGGAAUUGUAUCUAGCCUACCAGACUCGUUUGGACUAAAUCUAUGAACAAAAUCAAUUUAACAGUCAUAGAGGAUUAUCUUCAAAUAUCUUACAAAAUUAUUACUCAAUGUUACCGGUAUAGAGUGAUUGAAAUUUAGGCCUCCUUAACAUUAAGAGUCUCUAAGCAUUCUUAUCAUGCGGCUGUCAGAUUAUAACGGUGUAAUUUUAGUCAAUAAGUUUAUAAGCGUAUCAUUAUUGUGGCCAGUUAUGAUCACUCUCAGAGAGAAGUAGCAUAAUGUGGUCAAACAUUGAAGGCAGGUGAAGUCUUGAUUAAUAUUAAGUGUACAUCCAGAGCUCAUCAAUAAAUGGUCAAAUAGAGACUUCAUUUCUUGAUUCAUUUUCAGAUGUCAUUAUUACAUGUACAGAUAGAAAGAGUAAAAACUUGAUUUUAUAAUUAGCAUCUAGGAUCAUUUAACAUUUGUCAUUUAGAGACGUGACAUGUUUUUCAGUUAUUCCAUUAUUAAUUUUAUAGAUACUUUUUUUUUUUAGCUUACUGUAUUACAUUAGAUUCAUCAGGUUCUUGUAGCCUUAUGUACACAAUGCAGUCAUGUUUCCAUGUACUUCACUCAUACAUUUUAUAAACAAGUUUAUAUCCAUAGAUGUUAACGGCAGCCACAACAUUUUUCAAAUUGUCUAUAUUUUUUAAAUUUAUUAGUUAUUUAGUAGUUAGUUAUUUUCAUAGUUGAAAUUACACUUUUGUCAGGAACUUACAAUUAUUUUCAUUUAGGUUUCAAUAUCAUUAUGCAAGUUUUUUUUUUUUUUAAUCAUUAUUUUGACCAUUCCUGUAGAAUUUUAUGUUGCAAUUUGUGUGUCAUAUAUUUUGAAUGUCAAUAAAAUAAGUUAUCCAAUGGA